UGUCAUUAAUGACAUUAUUGACAGUUGUCGAAGUUGAAACAAAAAUCGGUUUCUUUUAAAAUUUAUAAUUCUACCCAAUUUUUGUGUACUACUCGCUAACAAAUGGAGCCGAUGCACGUGGGCAGCGUUCCCUCCAGUCCCGCCUCGCCGGGCAUCAAUCCUAACUUCCUUCCCGGUUUCCUAAUGGGAGGCGACCACUCCAAUCCGGGCAGCUCCCCCGGAAGGAACCGCAAACCGUCCUCCUCGGAACCCAGAAGUUUGCGCCAGAAAUUGUUCGAUCAAAGCGCUACUACUGAUACACCUACAUCCCAUCGAUACCCCGCCGUAGCCCAAGAGAAAACCGGCCCGCCCAGCACGGGCCUGUUCGACACGCUAGACUACAAAAACAAAACCAAACACCAGCAAAGCAGCCCCGUCAACAGCACCGCUUUGUAUGAAUCGUACGGCAACAACUCCAUGUGCAUCGACGACAACAUUUCCCGGAUAACGGACACCCCGUACAAGAAAGACUUCACCGAUAGGAUCGAUUCUUACUGGGUAACCGCCUUUGGGUUCCCUCCUAGCGCUCUAACGCUAGUCCUAUCGGAACUAUCGAAUUGUGGCCCCAUAGCCGACAGGAAGGUUCCUUCGCAAGGUAAUUGGGUGCACGUCAAAUUCAACAACCCCAACGAAGUGUCCCGAGCCCUAUCUCUCAACUGCAAGCUGCUCAACGGCACGACGAUGAUCGGUGUGGUGUUGCACCACGAAAGAGACCACGAGAACAAAGAAAACGAUACCCUGAUGUGCUCGUACACGUCUCCUACUAGAGUUAGAUCGUUAAGGCACUCGUUUGUGUCUCCUGGUGCUGUUAAUACGACCCAGGGGUUGCCACAGAAGUCUACCGGAGUGGUUACUAAAGUGAUGGAAUAUGUUUUCGGGUGGUGAUUGGAUUGCAAUCGUAUCGUACUGAAUAAAUUAACAGCGUUCGAUGGAGCGAAUGUUGCCGGUAAUAAUAAUGUAAAUAAUUUUAAUUUUGUCGUAUUGUAGGUCUUUUUGGGUUUUUAUUAAACUAUUGCUUAAAGUUGUUAAGUGUAUAUUGAAUAGGAAUUGUAGUUUUUUAAAGAGACGCCUUAUAAAUAUAUUACUAUUGUGUAUAUUGUUGUGAGCUUUAUAGUUGGAGAAAUAGUAUAUUUCCGAUUAUAUAUUAUUAAUUUUUUGUAUCCA